AUGGGAAUUAAGAGGCUUGUAGAUAAUGACCUGACUCUGAAUAGUAAUAAUGAGUACUAUAUAACACAAGAAGAUCCUUUAAAGAAGAAGAAAGGUCAAUCAUGGCUUGAAUAUUUGUACUCUCGUAUCCAAUUUACUUGGGUAACAAAAUGGAUGUACUUAGGAUGUAUUAGAACAUUGCCAGCUUCUAUCUUGCCUCAAUUGAGUAGAUCAGAUAACACUAGAUAUUGGUCAAGAAUAUUUGAAGAUUCCUUGUUAAUUGAACAACUCAAAUGCGUGACAUCUUUUGAUCGAAAGAUUCUAGUUAUAAGGGCAUUAUGGAGAAGUUUAUAUGGACAAUUGUUAGCAAUGAUGGCCUUAAAAGCUCUUUCGGAAGCAUGUGAAUACUUAAAUAAUACUGUACUAAGAAAUUUUCUUGAAUAUAAAGAGAAAGAGGAUGGUUUAAAUUUAGGUGAUAUACCGAAGGAAGAUAAAAAUAUUAUUUUAGAGAGUGGUCUACAUUAUGCUAUUAUCAUGAUAUUUUUUAAUAUAGUUCAUGUUUAUAUAUCUACUCAAUUUAAUUUCUGGUUGUCUCGUGUGAUUUUGCGGAUUCAGACAUGCUUAAAGACAUCAAUAUUUACUAGAAUAAUCAAGAAUAAAGCUUGUAAGCAAAACAAUAUUGAAGAAAUUGAUAGUAAUAAGUUGAUACCCAAUGAUGAAAUAGUACAAUUAACUGAACUAGAUGAUAAUCGUGCAUUAGCUAUAAAUAAUAAUGAAAUAAAAAGCUCAAGCCUUGAAGAAAUCGAAUUCACUAUAUCCAAAACUUCAAAUUCUGAUAAUAUAUCUAACGAUAGACAUGUGAAUAGCUAUGCAGCUUCUACAAAUGUAUUUAACUUAUUAAUGGUUGAUGUUGAUGAUAUUGAAGAUCUUCUAAUGGCUAUUACCCAAUUUAUACUUUUACCUUAUCGCUUAUUUAUAGCUUCGCUUAUUAUGUAUCAGAAUAUAGGAAGCUCAGCCUUUCCUGGAAUUAUGGUUAUGGUUGGUAUUAUUAGUUUAAUGGUUGUUGUUGAUAUAAUUUGUGCACUUUUAAAAGGUCCCCUUUUACUUUGGAGGGACAGAAGAUUAGAAAAACUCCAUGAAUCCCUUAACCAAAUCCGAGGAAUCCAAAUUUUAGGAUGGGAAUACUUUUCAGAGCAAAGAAUACAAAAUGAACGUAACAAUGAAGUAAAGUAUUUAUUUGGAAUAAUAUCACUCACCUCCCUGUCGCAUAUGUUAUUUAAAUUGGCUACUUCUGGAGCUGUAGUUGUAGUUAUAAUCUUUCAUACUUGGAACUUUUUGUCAAAUUCUGAAAAUAACCACUCUAAUUUAUUAGGUAAUGAUAUUUCCCAGUUAAGAGCUUCAACAGUAAUUCCUCUAUUGCAUAUUAUAAAUUAUGUUACUCAUAUUCUUGAAACUGUACCAAAUUCCCUUAAUAUGUUAAUUGAAGGUUGGAUAUCACUAGAAAGAUUUAGCUUUUAUCUCGGUCUAUCUAAUUUGAAAAAUAAUGAUUUAUCUCAAAUACAUAGAGAAAUUUCAACUAGAUCAAGAGUAAUUUCAGAUACAGAAUUUUUGGAAGAUAAAUUGCAAAGUGAAUACUUAGUUUCAUAUUUACAAAAAAAAGUAGAUAAUGAAAUAUCUUUAUUUAAUGAUGAAAAACUAGAAGAGAAAGAUAUCCUAUUGCCUAAUUCAUCUAACAUUAAUAGUGAAGGGUCUCCCCUACUUCAAAUUAAAAAUAAUUCAGCUAUUGAUACAAACUAUUUAAAUAAUGUUGAUAUUAAGAAUGAUGAUGUAGAAAAUGAUAAAAUUCAAAUUUACUUGGAAAAUGUUAGCUACUAUUGGGAAGAAAUAACAAAUAGUAAUAAAGCUAGACCUAAUUUGUAUGUACCUAAGUUUGUUGUUGAAAUUAAUACCUGUCACUUUAUAAUGGGUGAUCCUGGAAGUGGUAAAAGUACCCUUUUAUAUGGGAUUUUGGGUGAAUUAAAUUCUACAGGACUUCAAUUUAAUGCGAGUAAAGGUCAUACAAUUGGAUAUUCUAGUCAAGAUCCUUGGAUUCCUAUUGGUACCAUCAGAUCUGUUAUUCUUUUUGAUCGACCUUGGGAUCAAAGAAGGUAUCAAAGAGUUGUAGAGGCAUGCCUACUUGUUAAGGACUUCUCACUUUGGCCAGAAAAUGAUCUUAGGAUGCUUGAUGAUGGAGGUCAUAUUUUAUCAGGUGGUCAAAGAUCUAGGCUUACUCUAGCCAGAUCUUUAUAUGGUUAUCUGUCUGAAGAAAAUUUAGUAGAUGCAGAUAUUUAUAACAUGAAAAGAAGGCUUGAUAGUAAAUUAUUUUUAUUAGAUGAUAUAUUUUUGUCACUUGAUCCAAAUGUUGGACGAGAAAUAUUUUGGAAUUUAUUUAAUAAAAAGACUGGACUUUUAAUUAACUAUGCUAGUCUAGUUGUUAUUAGUCCAAGCGUUAUUGAUUACUUUUUACAUGAUGAAGUGAUAAGUGGAAAUUUUGAUAGAUUUGGUAUCAAGUUUAUUUCUUGGAAGAUUCUUAGUAAUGUUUUGCAACCAAUAGAAUUAGAAUCAUUAAUUGACAAAUAUAUUCCAGUUGCAACUCCUCAUACUAUCACCAAUGAAGAUAAUACAUAUAUAUGUACUGAAAAGAAUACUCCAAAUCCAUCUCUAGAGUACAUUGAUGUUCAAAUUUAUACAGAUAUUCAGAGGCAUAUCGUAAAUUCUAAUAAUUCUCAAGAAAAUCUUUCAAUUGAUUGUGAUAAGCCCAAACCCAUUCUUACAUAUGACUUUUAUAGUGAAGACAUUGUAUAUAUGAGUACAGAAGGUCAGAGGACUAUACCUAUACAGAUCUAUUUAUGGUAUAUUAAUAAAACCAGCAAAUAUAUGUUUGCACUCACUAUAUGCUUUGCAUUUGUAAGUCUCGUUUUGGAAAAUAGUAAAGAUUUAUUCCUAGCAAUGUGGACCGGGAUAUCACCUAGCGGAAACAAAGUUAUUGAAUCAAAUAAGGUUACAAAUGUUAGAGUAUCAGAUAUCGAUCAUGAACAUAAUAUGAAUACAUCUGAGUAUCUUUCAAAUCUUUAUUACCUUAUCCUAAUAUUUCUAUUUUCUAUACUUUGUCGUUUUAGCGCUCAGAUUUUCCAAGUAAUAGCGGGAAUUAUUGGUGCUAAAAAUGUUCAUAAUGAAAUGUUAAGAUGCAUGCUUUCAACAUCUUUACAAUUCUUUGACAAGGCAACUGUAGGGCAGAUUAUUAGCAGAUUCUGUUUAGAUCUAAUGUCUGUAGACCGCAGCAUUAUGUUAAAGAUUUGUACAUUCUCAAUUAUUGUAUUUGAGAUAUUGAUUAAGGGAAGUUUUGUGGUAUAUGUCUUCCCCUGGAUAUUUUUAUUGAUUCCUGUGGUUGGAUUAUUUGCAUGGUUCUGGUUAUUCCAAUAUUAUAGACAUACUUCAAGGGAGUUAUUUCGGUCUAAUCUAUCGGCACAUACACCUAUAUGCAAUAUUUAUACAGAAGCCUUAAUUGGAGGAGUUACUAUAAGAGCUUUCAAGUGUGAGGAGACGUAUCUUAAUAGAAACAUUACAUAUAUAGAUAAUUUGCAGAGAAUCAAAUUUAUGAGAUCAGCAACUUCACAAUGGAUAAGUGUUCGUAUGCAAAUGUUAGCUUUACCCUUUACAGUUGGAAUUACUCUUUUUCCAAUUAUUCUCAAGUACUUUGGGAUUUCGAUUUCAUUUCUAAAUUUUGGAUCUAGUGGAACCAAUGCUGGAACUUGGGGAUUAGCAUUAAUAUAUUCUAUGUCAUAUGCUCCAUUGAUUAAUAAUGCAUUCUCUUCCUUUAUAUCUGUGGAGAAAUCAAUGUGUGCUGUAGAAAGGAUUUCAAUAUUUCUUAAAGACUUGCAUAAUACCAAACAGCAAACGACUAUAAAUGAAGUAGCUAGAGAUGUAUUAGCAUAUCCUUCUAUUCCAUCAUUAGGUUUAUAUAUUCAUAAAUUGAAUGUUUUAUAUGAAGAUAACUCUUUAGGUAUUGAAUUACAAAAUCAAAUUGUGAAUUAUGGUGAAUGUGUAGGAAUUAUUGGAAGAACAGGUAGUGGAAAAUCAACACUUUUAAAUGCAAUUUUAGGUUUAACUCCAAUAAAGAAUAGUCAAGUUUAUCUUGAUGGUAUGUGGUUAUAUAGUAAUAAACUAAAGCUAGAGAAACAUGACUAUAUUGGAGUACUACCACAAGAUUCUAUUGGGUUUAAUGGAUGGACAGUUAGAAAGUUCCUUGACCCAUACAAUGAAAUAUCUAGUGAUUCAGAAAUUUGGCAAGGUCUAAAGAUAUGUGGAUUAGAGUCAAUUAUAAGGGGACUUUGUUGUAACAAUCAAUUAGAAGCUACUAUUAGUGGGUUUUCUUAUAAAUCACGUUCAAAUAGUAGUGAAAGAAGUAGGUUACUUAAGAAAAGAAGCUCAAAUAAUUAUUUUAAGUCAGAUUGCAAGUUAACCCAAAAGUAUCUUAGGCAACUUGCAUUAGCUAGACUAAUUAUUCACAGGCACAAGUACAAGAUAGUCCUGGUUGAUGAGCCUCCUGAGGAAUUGUCAUGUGAUGCAUCUUUGCAUCAAACCUCUGAAUUUUCUCCGGAUACAUCAGUAGAAGAAAUUAUAUUUACUUAUAUGAAGCAUUGCAUUGUAUUUAUUGUUGCACAUAAUUCAAAAUCUCUCAAAAGAUGUAAUCGGAUUUGGGUUCUCUCCUGUGGUCACAAAGUCACAGAAUGCAGUUUUGGUGAUGUUGGAAAUCAGCAACUUCUUGCUGAAUUCUUGAGAGAGAAUCAAUAUGGGGUGUUCCGAAGUUAA